CAAUUCCAAAAAAAAUUAUUUGUAUGUCAAAUUUGGUGUUAUUUUGUUUUUGUUUGAUCAUAAAUGUUGAAGUUGUGAUUUAAAAUUGUGUUUGAAUAUAUAUUUUAUUAGAAAAAGUUUAAAUUUGCGAGUGAAAGUUUCAACACUCCAAAAUUGGCUUGAGUCAAUUUUUUAAGAACUUAAAAAUGUUUCUUUUAGAGGCUAAUCAAAUUUUAUAGCAAAGAAAAUAUGUGAAACUAAAAUUUCAAAAUCUGACCAAAAAUAUGUAUGUCAAAUACUAAAUUGAUCUCACUGGAAAGUGAAGAUAUAUAAAUUAGUCAGCAAUUAUAAUUUUAACACUAUAAUUUUGAGAUAACUUUUUGUCUGGACUAAUGUUUUGUCCCUCGGACUAAAAGCGGACGACUCAUGCGCUGUCCACGCAAGAUUACAACACGAUAGCUAGUUAAUUGCAGUGAAGACUAGAUUGAUCAUAGCUAACUAGCUAGGUAAUUGCAGUGAAAGAAAGUAAGAUUGAUCAUAGCAAAAUUGGUAAUUGCAGUGUACUUAAGUUGUAGUAACAGUGAAUCUUUUUACCUUCAAUUGUACUUACGUUUGUUGUAAAACUAAUCGUGUGGUUCUUAGUGAUCAGACACUAACAAUUACAGUCAAUUCACAGUGUCCUCUCCAAUAACUACACGACAGCACAAUGUCCCUCCAAAUAACACUCUCCGUCUUAACUUUUCCAAUAUGCCACUUUCGCCAAUACCUAGUUAAAGCACCUAAAACAAUAGUAUAUGCGUCUUCUCUCUCUAUAUAUACACACACUUGCCACCAUGAAUAAUUAACUUACUAUACGUAUAGAAAACCUUCAUUUCCUUUGCACUUUUAUUAAUUCUUUAGGAAUUAGGGUUUCUUCUUUACUCUUUUGUUGCGCCCCUACGUAGCAUACGAAGAUUCAAAAUUUAGACACGGUUGUUCGCACUGGAGUGACGUAUAGAACUUGCUCUAGAUCCGCCUCUACGAGAUGGGGAGGGGUAGGGUUGAGUUGAAGCGGAUAGAGAACAAAAUAAGCAGGCAAGUGACUUUUUCAAAGAGAAGGUCAGGUUUGUUGAAGAAGACAAAUGAGAUCUCUGUGUUGUGUGAUGCUGAAGUAGCAUUGAUUGUCUUCUCCCCAAAUGGAAAGCUCUUUGAGUAUUCCACUCAAUCCAGCAUGGAAAGUAUCCUGGAAAGAUACGAAAAUUACUCAUAUGCGGAGAGGAAGUUGAAUGGAAAUGACACUGAAACUUAUAAGGAAAACUGGACGCUCGAGUGCCCAAAGCUCAUGGCAAGGGUUGAACUUCUCCAAAGAAAUAUAAGACAUUUUAUGGGAGAGGAACUGGAUGCCUUCAAUCUGCGUGAGUUUCAGUGUUUAGAGCAACAACUUGAUACAGCUCUCAAGCGAAUACGAACCAGGAAGAACCAACUGAUGCUUGAGUCCAUUUCCCAGCUGCAGAAGAAGGAAAAAGAACUGCAAGAGCGAAACAACUUAAUUUCCAAGAAGAUUAAAGAAAAGCAAACCGUGGAAACGCCGCAGUGGGGACAAAUUAAUCCAGGCCAAAGCUCUACCAUGACUUUCCUGCUACAAUCUCCUAGUCAACUCCCUAAUCUAACAAUCGGAGGUCCCUUUCAAGCAAUGGAUGAAGGUCAAAAUCGUCAUGGUUCUAAUACCUUGAUGCCUCCAUGGAUGCCCCAUCAUGUCCACAACAAAGUGUGAACAGUUAAUCUCCUGCAAUAAACUGGAUAGUUGUACGGCUUUAUUGUACUAAUUGUAAUCAAUCUGUAAUUAAUCUACACCCACUUGCUCAAUGGAGCAGAUGAUGAGCUAAGGAACAACCUUAGUAGUUGUUAUGAUCUAUUAUUAGAACUGUCACCUUAGUUUAUGUUUGCUACGAUUGAAAAUAUUUUUCCCAGAACAUGUUUUCAAGGUUCGAUGGUUAGUGAAAAUAUCUUCCGAAAGGUGUAUAAAUAUGUAGUAGUACUAAGGAUAAUUUGACAGGCAUUCCCCCAGUCACCUUAGUUUAUGUACUACUUGUUUCCCUUCAGUUUGAAAUUCAAUUCCUUACAGAAUCAUAAGAA